CCCGGUUGCUUUACCUUGGUUUUAACUUGCCUUCACUCAUUCUGUCCUUCCCACUCAUUCCCCUUUCUCCUCUCUUCUCUCUUUCUUUCUCCCAUUGUUGGGUUCUUCAAACCUCUGCUCAAGACCAUGCUCAACCAAAUGGCCUUCCAGUUUAUGAACUAUCAAAUGGCUGUUUCGUUUCUCCUCUUCAUUUUCUCUCUUUUGUCUCUCCAGUUGCACGCCACCCCUGAAGAUGUAUUUGUUGGUGUGAAUAUUGGGACUGCUCUUUCGGUUAUGCCCCAUCCAACGCAAGUAGCAGCCCUCCUGAAAGCCCAACAAAUUCGGCAUGUUCGAUUAUACGACGCUGAUGGUGGGAUGCUGAUGGCCCUUGCAAACACAGGCAUUCAAGUUAUGGUAACUGUCCCUAAUGAACAGCUUCUAGGGAUUGGACAAUCAAACUCCACUGCAGCGAACUGGGUUAAUCGCAAUGUCUUAGCACAUUACCCAGCUACUAAUAUCACAGCCAUUUCUGUUGGUUUUGACGUUCUAACAACAGUUCCUAAUGCAGCUAAAAUCCUUGUCAAUGCCCUCAAAUACAUUCAUUCUGCACUUGUAGCAUCCAACCUUGAUCACCAGAUCAAGGUCUCUACGCCUCUUUCUUCUUCGAUUAUUCUUGAUUCAUUUCCGCCUUCACAAGCCUUCUUCAAUGCAUCACUGGAUUCUGUAAUAGUUCCCCUGCUUGGUUUCUUGCAAUCUACUAACUCCUUCCUUAUGCUUAAUGUGUAUCCCUACUAUGACUAUUUGCAAUCUAAUGGCUUUAUUUUGUUGGAUUAUGCACUCUUAAAGCCUCUCCCUUCAAAUAAAGAAGCUGUCGAUUCCAACACGCUUCUUCGUUAUACCAAUGUUUUCGAUGCAAUGGUUGAUGCAGCUUACUUUGCUAUGGCUUCUCUAAAUUUCACUAACAUACCCAUUGUAGUUUCAGAAACAGGCUGGCCAUCAAAAGGUGGCUCUAACGAGCCAGAUGCAACGUUGGAAAAUGCAAACACUUACAAUAGCAAUUUAAUCAGGCACGUGCUGAACAAAACUGGAACUCCUAAACAUCCAGGGAUUGCUACUAGUACUUACAUUUAUGAGCUUUAUAAUGAGGACUUGAAACCUGGGCCUAUCUCUGAGAAGAACUGGGGAUUGUUUGAUGCUAAUGGAAAGCCUAUAUAUAUUCUGUGCUUGACGGGAUCAGGACUUGUGUUAGCGAACGAUACAACAAACCAAACGUACUGUGCUGCAAAGGAAGGUGCCGACCCAAGGAUGCUGCAGGCUGCGUUGGAUUGGGCAUGUGGACCUGGCAGGGUGGAUUGUUCAGCUUUGCUUCAAGGGCAGCCGUGCUACGAACCCGACAAUGUCAUGGCUCAUGCAACAUAUGCUUUCAAUACUUAUUAUCAUCAAAUGGGGAGAGCGUCAGGUUCAUGUGACUUCAAUGGGGUGGCUGCAGUUACAACCACUAACCCAAGUCAUGGAUCCUGCUUAUUUUCUGGAAGUGUUGGAAGGAAUGGCACCAUGGCAAACAUCACAGCACCAUCAAUGAACUCAACAAAUGCAGAUUCUUCUGCAACCGCUUUUGGGUAUGAUAUUUUGAGUUAUGCAGUGAUGGUGGUUGGAGCCCUGCUUGGGAGUUCCAUUUGGUUGUAGACAAAUGGAUGUGCAUUAGAAAGUGUUUUUGCAGUUUGUACUUUUUUUUUGUUUUUUUGGAUGAUCCAUUAGUGCGAUGAGUUGUGUUCUCUCGCAGAGUGGUGAGAUGGAGUAGGUUUUAGGCUAUUCUCUCUUCCUCCAUUCAAUUUUGUACAAGUCAAGAUGGAGUUGUGGAGAAUUUGAAUUCUAUUAGGUUAUUAGCUCUCUACUAAAACUAUGUAACAUUUUUUUUUUCUGCUUUGGGAAUCAGAGCCUUAUUAUUAUUAUUCUUUAGUUGAAUUAUAAAAUUCACCUGUCAUAUGAA